UUCUUGCCAUGACAUCCUUCGGAGUUGCUUUUGCAGCUUUGACCUUGUGGCACUCGGGGGUUGCCUCCAGCACUGUUUGCAAGGCUUUGCAGUCGAGUGGCUAUGUUUGUGAUCCAAUGACCCCAAACCAUUGUUUACCUUUGGAUGCUUUGCUCUUCUUUCGCAGUCGCAUGUCGCGUGUUUUGUUGCACCGGAACUUGCCGUACAUGGUCCCGGUAUUCGAGCGAGGUUUCUUCGAGCCAUUCGCCAAUAUCAGUGCCUGGCGGGAAAGUGGUUCCCUGGCAUCUCUACACCAGUCCUCAACACACCUCACUUUAGCCCUGGCCCUGAUUUGUCAAGGGCUCAUCGAAGCGGAAGAACGCAUGUUGCACCCUUCGGGCACCACCCCUGAGCCCAGGGUGUUGGAAGUGGCGGCUGCCCAGCUGUUACCGGCCGUCCUCGCUGGCGCGUGGCUCAGGGUCACCUCCUCUGGAUGGCCCGUCUUCGCACUGCUGAGCCGUUUGGCUCGGUCGAGGCUACGGAGGCCACCAAGCUGCCCAAAAACUGGGGCGACUGGGUGGAGGGAAAUUCUCCGCGUGGGAAAUGCCACGGGGGUGGUGUUGCCCAGCUCCAACUUCUCCAUUCAGCAACUGGCAGAUUUUCGAUCGCUGGAUGAGCGCUUCAUGGAGUAUCCUGACUCCAGCUGUUUGUGGCAAGCUGCGGAUGAAUUGGGAAUCCCAGCUGGCCCUGUUUGUGUGAUGGUUCCUCCCGUAGGAACACAGAGACCUUAUUUGGUAGCCAGAGAUUGCAACGCUUAUUGGCCUCGUUGCGAAAGCUCCAGCUUAGCUCCAGAUGCUCCCACCUUGGGGCCCCAGACGCGUUAUUGGAUGCACCUUCCGGGCCAUCGGGACCUCACAGCUGAUCACAUCCGGGAAGAGCAGCGGCCUUUCUGCACGCACAACAAGGGUCCACAGCUCCUAGUGACAGAAGUGAAGGAGAUCUUGGCCAAGUUGGCGGCUGAACAUAAAGCUGGGCUCCCGAGGCGGCCUCUGAAGCUGGUGGAAGUGGGUAGCCAUUUUGGGGACUGCACUUGAUCGUACUUGCACUGGCACGGCAAUUUUCUUGGCCCCUUCAAGCCGUAUCUUUUGAGCCCGUUCAUGAAGCAGCGGAGGUAUUCAAAAGAUCGCUUCGAUUGAACCGCGCCGGCGCCUCCAUCGCGGUGCGGCCACUGGCUGUGUCGGACGGUCGCCCCACGCUGCGGUGGCUGGUGCCAUCCUUCAGCGGCGCCCAUUCCUCGGUGGUUGACGGCGUGCAAGCCGAGGCGGUGAAGAGAGAAGGAACGGAAUGGCAGAUGCGACAGGUGGCGGCUACAUCUCUCGACUCGGAAUUUGGUGGGUCUCUGGUGGACUUGCUAUUGGUGAGCGUUGCCGGGGAAGAGAUGGAGACGCUCAUGGGAGCAGAGCAGAUGCUGCAAGAGAAACAGGUGAGGACUUUGAUGACCUUCACUUGGAACCAAAGCAGGUUGAAGGAACAUCUCAUUCCACGAGGCUACCGCUUCAUCAAGGAACACCAGUUGGAAAAAAGUAGCUGUCAUGUGAUCAGAGCCAGUUGAAAGGAAAAAUCUGACCGCUGGAUGCGGGAGUUAUAUGGCCUAAGAUGGCUGUGGGUGCCUUGCGGAAUUUCGAAACACAACCGACAUGUAGGGGAUGAUUUGUUGGUACGUUUGCUGUCAGGGGC